GCGAAAAUGGGCAACUGCAUCGUGCCUUACUGCGAUGGGCCCAAAAGCACCAACGUCCGAUUCUCUCUGCCCGCUGUGUGCUUCGUGUGGCAGAGCGCCAUGAUCAUCCUAUUCGGGGUGUUCGUGCGCUAUGAUAAAGAAGUGGACGCUCACUGGUAUGAAGUUAAAAUUGAAGAAAAUAUAACAAGCGACAUUGAGAAUGACUUCUACUUCAGAUAUCCAAGUUUUCAGGAUGUCCAUGUCAUGAUUUUUGUGGGCUUUGGAUUCCUGAUGACAUUUUUGAAGCGCUAUGGUUUUGGUGCUGUUGGUUUCAACUUCCUCAUUGCAGCUUUUGGGCUUCAGUGGGCACUAUUAAUGCAAGGCUGGUUUCACUCUCUGGACCCAGCUGAUGGCUACAUCAAAAUUGGCAUAGAAAACAUAAUCAAUGCAGAUUUUUGUGUGGCUGGCUGUUUGAUUGCCUAUGGAGCAGUUCUAGGGAAAGUCAGUCCAGUGCAACUCUUAGUGUUGACCCUGUUUGGCGUCACCCUGUUUGCUGUAGAUGAAUUUAUCAUAAUCAGCCUCUUUCAUGCUAGAGAUGCUGGAGGCUCCAUGGUGAUCCAUACUUUUGGAGCCUAUUAUGGACUAGCCAUCUCAUGGGUCCUUUAUCGGCCAAACUUGAAAGACAGCAGUCACCUGAAUGGCUCAAUCUACCACUCUGAUUUGUUUGCCAUUAUUGGAACUCUCUUUCUGUGGAUGUUCUGGCCCAGUUUUAAUUCUGCCAUUGCUGACCAUGGAGAUGGUCAGCAUAGAGCAGCCAUUAACACCUACCUGUCUCUGGCUGCCACUGUCCUCACCACCUUUGCAAUCUCCAGCCUCUAUCAGAAGCAUGGAAAACUGGACAUGGUACACAUCCAGAAUUCCACCCUGGCCGGUGGUGUUGCUGUAGGAACAGCUGCUGAGUUCAUGCUAAUGCCAUAUGGCUCUCUAAUAGUAGGAUUCUGCUGUGGUCUCAUCUCCACACUGGGUUAUAUUUAUAUUACACCCUAUUUGGAGAAAAACCUAAAGAUCCAGGACACAUGUGGUAUUCAUAACCUACAUGCAAUGCCUGGCGUAAUAGGAGGAAUUGUGGGAGCCAUUACAGCUGCUGCUGCUUCUGAACCAGUAUAUGGUGCCCAAGGGUUGGUAAACACAUUUGAUUUUACAGGAUCAUUCAAAAACAGAUCACCAUCUGUACAAGGAGGCUACCAGGCAGCUGCACUGUGUGUUGCUGUGUGUUUUGGAAUAGGAGGUGGAACGCUUGUGGGUCUGAUCCUGAGGUUGCCUGUCUGGGGUUCUGUGGCAGAUGACAAUUGCUUCCAGGAUGGGGUCUACUGGGAGGUGCCUGAUGAGGAGAAGCCUGAACUGCCUGUUCUAGAGUAUAACAAUCACAUGGCAACAAACAAGAAUGCAGACAGGACGGAAACUGGCUUCACUGUGGACCAGAGCUAAUCCUGAAGGACCGUGAAUCCUGUCAUCACUCCAUCUUUCUCCAAGUAGCAUAAUAGGCUGACUGUUGUCAUCUCUAUUGUUAAAACAGUGUGUGUGUGUGUGUGUGUGUGUGUGUGUAGUAAAUCACUUGUUCAGUUCAUCACAACCACUCACAGAUUUUCCUGUGAAACACUGACGUUCAAUAAUGUUGGAAAGGGUUUAAAAUGUUAUUUCAUACACAGAGAAUCACAGCCAAGUUGAAGUGAUGCCCCCUUUUAUUGUUUGAUGCAAAAUUUCUGUCUUUCUUACCAGUUUUAACAAAUUGCAAAUGUUUGUACUGAUUUGCAUAAUGUUUUUGUUUUCUAAGGUGCUGAUUAUUAGAGGUUGAAUCUGACUUGUCCUUUUAAUGCUUAUUAGGUAGUGAGACAUUCCCCUUUCAUGCACAGUAAAUAGUAGCCAUGGAUUUGUUGAUAUAGAAUACAUUUGGAGUUACAAAACAAGAAAAGUGACCUAUUGUCCUCUAGUAUGUUUGACCUAGCUAAACUUCCAUUUCAACUUCCAAAUUAAGUUUUAGGAGAAAUUCAGUACUGGGUAUUAAAUUUUUGUUUUGUUUUGUUUUGUUUUGUUUUGUUUUGUUUUAUAGCUGCCCAUGUGAGAGCAAAAAUAAAAAUAUUUCAAGCUAAUAAAUAAAUGCAAUAGAGCUAUACAGUUACAUGAUUUCAAAUGUUAUUUGACUGUGAAAGAAAUCAACAUGAUUACAACAAUAAUAAUUCUAUUACAUUUUCAUUCCCUAUUUAAAACUUCCAAAUAGUUUCAUGUAAUUUUAGUUCAGUUAAUAAUCAAUUUAAUGCUUAAUCAAUUUCUGAGAAUAUAUUCAUGGAUCAUUACACCUUAAUAAUAUAAUUUUUAACAGAUGUUACAGUCUAUAAUCUUUUUGAGAAAUGAU